AUGGGUAACUCGCAGACCAAGGAGUCCCGCACCGCCCCGCCGCACCGCAGUCAGCAAUGGUCCUCUUCCGAUGGCCCCGGCAGUGGACGGGCGCUAUACCAGGGCCCUCGGUCGGGCAGAAGUAGUCGGCCAGACUUGUCUAUCCUCGGCAUCGGCAGCAGCCAUCAUCAGGACCGUGACGUGGCCUCCCUGGAACACCGGCGCGAAACAAAGCAGGAGCGGGAGGCCCGCCGCUUGGAGAAGGAACGGGCGGCUCGUGUGAAGGAGAGGGAACGCAGUAUGAAAGAGGAACAUGUGGAUGGAGGCUAUCUUGUCACUCAGGGCGUGUAUGUGGGCACAGAGGACUUCAACAAGGCGGUAGUCCGGCAACUCAUGAUUGAACGUCGCUUGGCCCCCUUCUGGAGAGGGUUGAAUGACUUCUCGGAAUCAUGGGCGGAGCACCAGAUUAUGGCCGCCGCGCGCGGAAUGAUCAUUCCCCCGCCGGACGAGAUCCCACCGGAGUUGGAGUACAUGCCUCCCAAGGCCAGUGAUACGAAGGGGUCUGCCGAGGCGAAUAUCCAGCAUCUCACAGUGCCCAUCACGUCUCGGUCGCAGUCCCUGAACUCCGACCUCUCGCAAUCCUCCAUGCCCGCGCAGUCGUUGCCGUCGGCGAUCGCAUCAGGCACCUCCACCUCGCCGCUAUUCCGCGCCCGAGCAAAGACCCUCGCAGCCCUGACGACCUCCUCAAGGCAUGGCUCCCAGACUGAUCUGACCCCCCGAGAACUCCAGCUUCCCAAGGAUCCGUUCGUGAACGGUCAACCCAUCGAGGUCUAUCUCUACAAAGAUGCGACUGAAUGCCCCAUUUGCUUCCUGUACUAUCCCCCGCAUCUGAACCGAACUCGAUGCUGUGAUCAGCCCAUCUGCUCGGAAUGUUUUGUUCAGAUCAAGCGCCCGGAUCCGCAUCCCCCAGAGCACGACCAGCCCGGUACUAAUGCCCCGGCUCGGGCUCCGGCCGAGGGCGAACAGGAGCAGCAGGCAGCUGAAUCGACGGACGGCCAGCUUGUAUCAGAGCCCUCCGCGUGUCCUUUCUGCGUCCAGCCUGAGUUUGGGGUCACCUAUACCCCGCCAUCCUUCCGCCGUGGCCUAACCUACGCCGCCGACCCCAGCGCCCGCCCCUCGCCCAACAUCAUCUCUCCCGUCUCUUCCACUUCAUCUCUGUCGUCCGCACAUCUUCUUCCCGCAACCGGUCGCCGCCGUGCGACCUCCUUGUCUGCGAGCGACCCUACUGUGGUUACGACGGACAAGGUCCGUCCGGACUGGGCGCAGAAGUUGGCUAAUGCCCGAGCUCAUGCAGCUCGUCGGUCGGCCGCAGCGACUGCCCUUCACACCGCGGCGUAUUUGAUGAAUUCCAACAACUCCGGGAGCGAGUCGCGGGGCCUCGGUCUGGGGCGCCGAGGGUUGCGACGAGCGACGUACGGGGAUGCCGGCCGGUCCGGAUCCCCUGCCCUCAAUGCGCUCGCAUUCUUGACCGAACGGCCUGACCGAACCCCGCCUCGGGUGCCUGCGGCCGCGCCCGACACGGAUUCAGCAGAGGACGGGCAAGGGAAUAUCGCACCGGCACGAGAGAGCUCCAGGCGCACCCGCUUUGAUGACCUGGAAGAAAUGAUGAUGAUGGAGGCGAUUCGGUUGAGUUUAGCCAGUGAGGAGGAUCGGCGGCGGAGAGAAGAGAAGGAAAUCAAGAAGGAAGCGAAGAAACGCGAAAAGGAGAGGGAAAAGGAGGCCCGGAAGGCCGAUAAGGCGGCUCGCAAGACUGGCCUGUACAGCAACAAUGCCAGCACUUCCGCAUUGUCUGUUCCCCUGGAAGGCCCUUUAGGCAAAGCCAGCAGCUCAUCCUCCAUUGCUGAAGAAGCCUCGACUGCAGGGAAGGGCAAAGCCGUUGAUCGGGCCCCCCCAUCACUAACGGUAGGCACUCCCCUGCCUGCCUCCUCGACCGCGUCCAGUGCAACAGAUCAAUCCCUCGCCCCGCCUGAUCUGUCGGGGAAUGCCGAACCAUCCAAACCAUCUCAUCUACGACACGUCUCGAGCGCCUCUUCGUCGUUCUCGUCGAUCAUGGAAGCUAAUCCGGACGAACGGGUGGGCAACGUCGCGGCAGACGGGAGCAACACCUCUCUCGAACCGAUGUUCAACUUCCGCAGCCUGGCUGCCGUGAUCGGCGAUGAGGAAAAGGGGAGCGAGUCCGAGCAUGUCGAGGACAGUGCCCAGCACGUGGCGGGUUCCUCGAGUGCGACUCCCUCCGUCCACCAGCCCUCGGCCGAUGUGGCCCGGACCGAUGGUGAGCCCGCCACGGCUGAGAAGACCCCGCUCGGGACACCUCCGGUGGACGUGCAGGGCCCGGGCGGCAUCUCCCCCAAAGAACUGGAGACUCGCUCGGUUGAAAUUACGAGCGCCGCGAACCCCGAAGCGACCUCGUGA